UCCAAAUUUGAAUAUUCGACAGCUUUAGGCGAAUAUUGAAUCGUAUGUUGGUUUUUCAACAACUGAAACUCUGCCCUAAAUACAUCAAACUGUUGGUUAAUAAUGUUUAAUUUACCAACUACUUUAUCAAGGCAAUCUUCCACGUUUUUAAUGCUAUGUUUAUUAUCACGAAUAUCUUUCUCAGUAAUUCUUACAUCGAGUUUAACGCCCUCCAAUUCAACAAGCAUUUCAUUGCUUGUGGAAGGGAAUCCGCAAUAGUUGUCGCUUUUGCUUGACUGUACAGGAUCGAAAUCAUUACAUAACAUUGUACACAACUUAGCUGUUAUGAGGUUCCUGUCUCUGCCUUCUAUUUCCAACACUUUCUUGGAUUUGCGCCAGGAUAUUGAGCUAUAACCAUCACUGUAUUUUUUUUUAUCAUUGCCUGGUGAAGUCCAUUCGCCGACAAAAUCAACAUUCUUGCUUACAAAAAGCUUCAAUUUCUCCAAAUCACCCGUCCAGCAAAGCCGUAGUUCUUGCAUUUCGAUUACAAUACUUGCCAAUGCCACAGAGUAUUCCAGCAAAUAACUCAAAAAAAUUUAAGAAUAAUGUGGAGCGAUAUAUUACACGUCUGAUCGAUCGAUGCGGUCAUCUAUUCCAAAGUUCCUUAAUAAACGAACGGUCAUCUAUUCCAAAGUUCAUCUAUUCCAAAGUUCCUUAAUAAACGAACAAGAAUACCGACAUAUUGUAAACUAGAGCAUGAUUUUUUUCUUAUAUUUAGAAAGACUUCUUUACACCAGAGACAUUUGGUGAAAUAUUGUACGAAAAUUUCUUGUUUGAUAUUCCUAAAAUAAUGGAUCUGUGUUCGCUGUAUGGUGGCGAAAACAGCAAGAAUAAUAGUCUUUUAACUAAAAUGCUGGAAAACGUUUUUAAAAGGCAGCCAAAGUGAGUAUAUUUUGAUAUUUUGUUGUUCGUUGUUAUUCAACUUUAACAUAUUAGAUAUUGUUAUUGCCCCCUGGUCCGAUCAGGCAGAGACGUCAACUUAUAAUUGGUGUUUCAAACACAGCUAGUUAUACGUGAUAGCUGAAGUUUAAAAGAGUGUGUCUUAUUAACGGGAUCUUCCUGUACCUAGUCCUAUAAUACAGCCGCAACCUUUAGUAUUGCAAGGUGCUUUACUUAAACACAGUGGCUCCAUGCAUUAAGUUUUAAACAUUAUGUGUUGAUUAAGUUGGUCUGUUCUUGCAGAUAUAUUGAUGAUUUGCGUGAAACAAUUCCAAGCAUUUGUGAGACACUUGAUAAAAUUAAAGAUGAGCUUGGAGUUUCUCGUGAAGACAGCAAUCCUGUGAAAGUUGGAGAUGAUCGACACAGUGAACUUCCACUAGCUACCUUAAAUGAUUUUAUUGUAUAUCUUCACGACAUUACACAGACAUUGAUAUCAUUCCUGCAUAUAUUGCCAUUCGUAUGCCAAUAUUUCUUUAAAGAUGGGUUUGUUCAGCGAAUUGCAGGUUUUUAUGAAGAAAUGAUGACAGUAUUUGACCAGCGAUAUCGUAGGAUGAAGACAGAAAGAACUUUUCUUAAUGGAGUAAAAUUUGGCCUAAUAAAGAUAUGUCGGUUUAUUAUUGAUGCUCAUUGCUUGGUUCCAUUGAUGAAUGGGUAAGUGAUCCGCUUACGAUAUUUCAAGAAUGUGCAGUAUACAAAGAAAAUAUUUAGGUCGUCCAUUUCGUUGAAUUAAGUUUCCAAUAAUAUCAGAGUUUUAAACUAAAAGCUAUUUGAAUCUAAAGAAACUAAUUUUUUGUAAAAAAGUAAUUUUAACCCACAAUCGCUACUCUUCACGUUACCAUGACGUCAUGCACCAUCUAUAUGGUCUAUAUCAACCAAAAAAGCUGUCUUAGCGGACAAAUAACCACGGUGACCUAUACCUUUUUAUUGCAGAAAAUACAUUGUUAAGAAGUUUUGAAUCUUUUUUGAAAGUUAUUUGAAAAUCGCCAUUGUAGUUUUCGAGAAACUGAAUUUCAGCCUUUAAGGUUGCAUUUUAACCUUUGCCCUUUGGAAAAGCUAAAGAGGAAACAAUGGCUUGUUCCAAAAAAUUAGUUUUUUUGGAUUCAAAUAGCUUUUAGUUUGAAACACUGAUAUAUAUUGGAAACUGUAGGGAGCCUCCUUAAAGUGUAUUUCAGUAAGUUUGAGAAGUGGAAUACACUCUUCCGGAAAGUGCCAGCCUAGCUUUGUUUUCGUGAUAGAGAUACUGACUAUCUUGAAACUGGUGAUGUUAUCUUGUGAAGGCUCUUUAUUUUGUAUAUAAUUUAACAAAUAUAAAACAUUUUCCGUGUUGAUAUGUUAUAUCAACACGAGUGGGAAUUGGAAAAACGAGAAAUUGUGUCCCAAUUUCCACGAGUGUUGAUAUAACUGUAUAUCUAUAGGGAAAAUGUUUUAUGUACUAUUUAAAACAUGAGCAGCAGUGUUUCAUUAGAUAUAAAGAAGAUACGAGGCGAAGCCGAGUAUCUUUAGGUCUGAUAUUAAAUUGCUUCAAAAACGAUCGAUCUAGUAAGUUUAUUGGCGAAGUAAUUUUCAAAAAAUACGUUGUGUAAGUCGAGAAAAUCAAAGUUAAAGUUUAUGUAAAUCAAGGGAAAUCUCUAUCACAUAUAAAGAUACGACUCGCUUAUGAUUUUUCUUUGUGUUUUCCUCAUGAAUUAUUAAUGAGUUUUUGAAGAAAUAUAAAGCAGGGUAUAAAGAAAGAAAUUUUCCGUGUUGACAUUGAGUUAUAUCAACACGGUUCGUAGCCAAUCAACGUUCAGAAUUUACAAAUGCUAUAUUAUAAAACUGAUCAUACUAUGGUAAGAUCAAAGGUACAAGAUAAAAGGUUCUAAGAGCAAGCUCUCUAUGACUCUAUCAGAAACCUUUAGGAGGCUGUAAAGGCCAAGGCGACGUACACGGGUGUAUAGCAUCGUUUCUUUAAAAAGCAUUUUUUGAAGCACUUGUUAUCCAAGAAAACUAAGCUGUUAUAUUUACACAACGAGAUGUACUGCAUACAUACAUGGUAAAUUCAUGUCAUUGUUUCUUACAGUGAAAAAGGAAACGGUAACGAAAUGAAGGAGAACAGUGUCGAAGAUUUUCUUUCAGUUAUUAUGGAUUUAUUAUCUUUUAAAAGGUAAAAAGAGGAUCUUAUUAAGGUUACGAGGUUUUAUCGUUGUUAUGCCUUGGGAAAGCUGGAAAACAUUGUUUCCUGGCCAUGUAGGUCCAUGUUUUAAAAAUCAAUAACAAUGUUUCCCUUGGUGAGCAAACGGUGAAAUAAUCGAGAUAACAUUGAAAUUUUCAAGUGGUUCUGCCACUGUGUUUCCUAUUUUUCCCCGGGCUUUACAGGUUUACUUCACUAGAAAAUAUUCUUUCUUUUUCGACGCCAUGCAUACACGACGCAGAAUUUAUCAACAAUAAACCGAAAUAAACAACCCUAACAAUUAACAAUCAUAAUGUCUGAUUUCAUACAUUACUUCUUAGAUUCCUCCGUGUGUACAACCUUCAAUAUAGUAUUGAGUUGGACAUAGAUAUUAUUCACUCGUCUGGGCUCCCUGUGGAUGAAACACGAUUACAAUACAUAAUAUCUGCCAUCAGUGAAAUGGACGACAUUCAUGUUAAACCGAAUGAUUCUGGAUUGCGGCCACAAGAAUCCAGUAAUCAAUCUCAACAUUCCAGAUCAGGGGCACAAUAUUCCAAUGACAGACCACAAAAGAAGAAUAUUACAUCCCCUGGUCAAAGGGAUGGUGGCAGCUUAGAGGCGUCUUUAUCUAAGAAAGUAGUUGAAGUAAGUUUUUAAGUGAUAAUAUCUCGAGCGUGGGGUUCAAAUACAUCUAGGUAUAGCGUUAAAGCCACUAUUUGCUGCAUAUUAGUUUCUUAUUCCCCGCCCGCAUUCCCUCUUAUAGGCAUUAUUUUAACCAUUUUAAUAGCAAGAGAGGUUUAUAACUUUCACAAACAAAAUUUUACCGAAGUACCUAACGUUUUGUUCCCUGCUUUUCAAACUCAAGUAGCAACACAUCGCUUUGCAUUUUAAUGUUGUACUGGAAAUCAAUGAAAAUUCAAAACAGAAAAUUGUACUAGCAUGUAUAUGCACAAAGGUGACAUUCUCUAUAAUGGCAUAUGGAAGGUAGUAGUGGGAAUUAAAGCUUCAGUAAGACCUUCGCUCGCAUAGGCGUACCGGGCGGGGGGGGGGGGGUAGCCCCCCAGUUUUUUGGGCAGUCGGGCAAUAUUCGAUUAACAGUCGGGCAAUUUUGGCUUCUUAUAAAAAUAAAUGGGACAAAUUCUUAAUUUUGUCGAAAAUUCAGUCAAUUUUAUGGCCGAUGUAGUGGUUUUUGGAAAAUUUGUGAUGUUCCGAAAAAUUUUGGCAUGUCCGGAAAAAUUUUUUGACCCCUAAAAUGGUACACUGACCGAAAUUUUUUUGGCGACGAAAUGUUUUCUUUCUUCACUCAAAAUUGUUUUAAAGGUAUAGUGUCAUCCUUCAGCCACCUUAAAAGCCAAUACACAUGUCACAUGAUAUAAAUUUAAUCAACCGACUAAUGAGAAUUGAACAGCGGUACGCAGCUCAAACGAGUUGAACGAUGCCUACCAUACAUUGAUUACGCAGCCUCAACUUCUUAAUAUUUGCCUGCAUGGAAUUGAACUCCAAAAUCCUGAAAAGCGCCAGCUAGGUAGGCUGGUGAGAAAGGAAAAUUGUAGUGCCUGGAAAAAACCCUCUUAUAGUAGAAGAGAACCACCAACUCUACAUACAUUGAUUUUCAAGCACAGCAUGCAAGUCAGGGCAAGGUAGUGACCCAUCAAAUAAAAAUACCCAACUCAGUGGUCAGGUACAGCGAACCAUGAUUGGUUCUAAGCUGAUUUAUUGUCUUCGCUGUUAUUCAUUGUACACACAUAUUAAACAUAAAUUAUUUAUUAACCAACGAAAGUCUUACCACGAACGUGAGCGUAGAUUUAGAAUUUAGAUCCACUGUUGCCGGUCAAACAGUCCGCAAAUAAUUAGAAAGCAUGGUGCGUGGAGAAACACAAAACCGUUAAUAUUUUAACAAGUUGCGAAAUGAUGGAUUUCACUAAGCAUAUUGUGCAACAGAUGGUGGCCAACCAGAGGUGUAAAAAAUGUUACUAAACGGAAUUGAGAGAUGUUUUUUUAAUUUGCUUCGACCACUACUGGUUUCCCAUGACCUAAUACUGAAACCCAUAAAUAUUGUUUUAAUCAUUUAUGUUUCAGAUGCCAUCAGAAACCAUGAGUGAUGUAGAACUUACCUCAAUGAUAUCACAUGUGAAAGAUUUACUGCCAGAUUGUGGUGAAGGAUUCAUUCUUCUUUGUUUACAAAACUUGGAUUAUGAUGUCGAGAAAACUAUAAACCUUAUACUUGAAAACAGUCUUCCUGGUGAACUAAGCAUUCUUGACCGUAACUUAAGUAAGAGUGAAGUUAUGAAGCAGUCUAGUGUUUUAUCUUCAAGACAUAAUAUUUAUGAUCAAGACGAAUUUGAUAUAUUCACUAAUGCCAAUGUGGAUCUCACGCGAGUACAAAAAGGAAAGACACGCGUUGCGGAGAGUAUGAAGUCAGUUUUUGAUAAAGAGAGAGAUGUUGAAAGUGUGAAACAAAUAAUUUUGAAUUAUGAUGAAACAUUUAAUGAUUACGAAGAUGAAUAUGAUGAUACCUAUGACGAACAAAAUGUUGGGGCUCAAGAUGUUGACUCAGCUGAUGAACUGAGCGAAAUUACGUUGAGAAGGUAAUUGUUUGUUAUUGAUUCUAGGUGUUGGGAAAGGCCAUUAUCGAUUAGACCUAGUUGACUGUUUCCUCCCUCUCAGACUUCGACAUUCGUCAAUAAUUGCCCACAAAGGAUUGCGUUAACCGGCCGGUAAUCUCUGUUUUAACUUCAAGUUCCAGCGGUUGGACAAUGCGAAGAAUCACUCUUUCAAGUUAUGUUUGUUAUCUUAUGUUCAUUGUUACUUCAAGAGAACAUAAAUAAUAAUGCUGCUUUGUACUGAUCACAAGUGUCAAAUGUACACUACGGCAAUAUAUAGUUGGCUGAUUAAAAUUUCGCCUCUAGUAAGAAACAUUGACACUUUAUCAGGCUUACACAAAUGCCCACUAAAUUACGGUUUUGUAUACCUUUGAUUUGCAAAGGUCAUGUGGUACCAGCAAAAAGUAAGUUGUUAGUUAAAAGUAAGAUAGCGAGAAUACUCGUAUCUAAGUCGUAUACGUGACUGAAAAAAGAAGUACCCCAGCGCCGCUGCGCAGGCUACUUUGAGACGUAAGUACGAUAUCAUAAAAUAAUAAACAAUAAAAUAGAUUCAUUUCAUGCAAUUUAUUUCCAGGCCAUUCACGACUCCUCGUGCUCUACUUCAUUUAAAAGACAACAAAGAUGAUGACGAUGAAGAUAAGGUCAGUUUGAGGGUCUAUUAGAUUGAAUAAAAUAACAACGUACAACUCCAUUAUACAGUAUUAACGAAUAGAUCUUUCCGGUAAUUACGUCACGACAAACACCGUUUUCAACUUAGGACCACCUUAAAUGGAAUAGAUUUUAAGUUUGUUUCUCACGGGCUAUGGUCAGAGAAGCAGAACAUCCUUCGUCAACACAUGCAUAAAAAGAAUUUUGGAUUUUGACCAUUAAAUGGUCCCUCAGCCUCGUUUUCGUGUUAAAACCUAUUUCCACAUUUAUUGGUCAAAAUCCAAGUUGAAAACAGUGUAGUUGUGACGUAAUUACCGGAAAGGUCUAUUACCGACACCCAGGUUGUUCCAGUUAUUUCGCCCCUCCCCCUGAAUAACUCCGUCAACGCAGCAGCUUCGUAUAUAUCGACACGUCUCCGACGUACUGUGUUUUACUGUAUCUUUAUAUGCUUGCGAGUAGAUAGUUGGGAAAACUUUGGAGAAGAUCUGUGAAAACCCAAAACUGAAGGUUAAGGUGUUUACCUGUUCGGGAGGUGUAAGGUGUUUACCUGUUCGGGAGGGGAGGGAGAGAGGAACAUAACAAUUUAUUGUUGUAACGUACAAUUAUACCAAAGGAACACUCGAGUGAUCAGCAUGUAAACACUUGUACCCGCCUAACCGAGUUUCCUGCUAGCUGGUACGUUUCGCCCAGACAAAAACAUAUAAACGUGACCUUAAAUCUAACCUUAUACAGUGUGUUCAUAUUUUACAAUGACCAGUAUUUAUUCCCAUCUUUUAAAUGCAGGACUCUGGAGAGAGCUCUUCAAAGGGAAGAGAACCUAACGAACCCAAUGACGUAUCUGGUGAGAAACAGCAUGGCCGUCGUCAAGGUCACCAAAGACAGAAUAACCAUGGUAACGAUGAUGUAGGCAAGCGCCAAGGACGAAGUGGUAAUACAGAACGUGACCGAUCAUAUAAAGAUAAACAUAAAGCAAAGAUUGCUUUUCAUAAUAGAAAGUCAGCGGCCAGUAAGAAAUAUUCUAAGGGAAUGAUGUAA